AUGCCGUGGGCCCGAAGGGGGCGGCCCGCAGGGCUGGAGCGCCGCGCCCCCCGCCCGCGCUCGGCGGGAGCCCGCGGUGCCGCACGCGGCAGCGGCAGGAGGGUUCCCCGAGCGCAGAGCGGCGCAGCCCCCGCCCCGGAGCCCCCGCCCCAGAGCCCCCGGGCCCGCCCAGCGGGAGGAGGAGAGCCGCAGGGAAGAGCUGGCGAGCCGCGUGCCUCCUCAGUCGGUGCUCUACCUGGGCGUGGAGCCUGGGAAUGGCGAGGAACCCGCAACAGAGGGGCGCGGGCCGGGCCGCCGUCGCCGCCACGCAGGUCAGCUCUGCCCGCCUCCAGCCAACCAGGCCUGCCGCUACCUGAGCCCCCGGGCCGCGCUGCCAACGGGAAACCUGAGACGCCAGGGGCGCCGCGACUGCCCAGUCCCUCGGCCGGAAGCGCGCCCGCUUCAGCCCGGGUCAGACUCCUGCAGGCUCCUGGGACCUCGACUCCGCUGCCACCCGCGGGCCCCGAGGGCGCUUCCCACGUGUUAGGAUUUGUCCGAACCUCCUUCCCGCCGGGACUUUUCCCAAGGAAAAGUGGUUUAAGAGGUGCUCUGAAGGAGCAAAGAAUGAAGAGUUGUGUUCCAUUUCGGAAGGAUCCAGGAAAGAACGGAGAGCAGCUGCCAGAGGACAACCGAUCAAUGCAUAACAAGGAAUGAAAACCCAAAUGUGCCUAUGACACAGAAGCUUCACCCAGAAAUCCUCAGAAAUCUUGGGGAAAACUGGACAAUCCCCAAACACCUUAGGGUGGGCAAAGAUUCCCAUAGUUCAUGAUUGGUCUAAAGGUUGAAUCUCCGAGAAAACAAAAUAAAUCCGUUUAAAGUCA